AUGUCUCUGUCCAAGUGCCUCUCCAAAUAUGACAUUUCAAGACAAACUCAAAAAUUCGCUGAAGAUGGUCUGGAUAAAAAUAAUGAUACAAGAACAAUGAAAGCUGUUGGCGGUCAUUACGUGUACAAGCUCGAAAAAGAUGGGAAUGGGUUAGAACAACUUAAAGUUACAAUGUCGGUUAAAAGUCAAUCAAAAGAGAAUAAAGAAAAAAUUGAAACAAAAACACGAUUAUUGCCAACACGAAAAGAACAAAUUGCAUUAAUUGUUAAUUUGGCAAUUGAACACUUAAAAAGAACUGAUCAUUCGAUAUCAAUUAACACGUGUGAACUAACGUUGAACAGAACACAUCGGAUUGGACGGGAAAAAAUUAAUUAUAUUUUAAUGGCACUUGAACGUUUACAUCUCAUUGGUAAAAAAGUUGAAACCGGCAAAGAUGAAGAAGAUACGGCUAAAUCAUCUCGAGCAAAACGAAAAACAACAAAAGUAGCAACAAAUGCUGGGACAAGUAAUAAUCAAGAAGAAAAAGAAACAAGUCUACCAAAAAUGAAACGGGCUUUGAGAGAAUUAAUAGAUCCGCUUUCGAAGAAUUAUACCAUUGAAGAAGGGAAAAAAUGUCGUCGUGAUCAGGAUAAAUUUACACAAUAA